AACGAACAUAGUAGUGGUAUUUAAUUAUGAUCAAUACUUAUUAAGGUAAAUUCACAAAUCAUUGAGGAGUUAAAGAACAAUGACAGAGUGAAAGUUGUCUUGGCCACCAUUGCGCUUGGAAUGGGAGCUGACCUGCAAAAUGUGAAACGCAUUAUUCAUGCUGGACCGCCAACCAGUCCAGAAGUGUACGUACAAGAGGUUGGACAUGCUGGAAGAGAUGGCCAAGCACCAGAAGCUGUUUUAUACUUCAAUAACUCUGAUCUUGCAGAGAAACUUGUCGAAAACAGCACGAUCGAGUUUGUUCGGUUAAAGUCAUGCAGGAGACAGUACCUAUCUACAUACUUUGAUGCACCCAUUGAAAGUGUCAAUAACUGUUGUGAUGUGUGUAGCAAUGACAGAUCAAAUAUCCGUGGUUUUAAGGUUCCCUCACUGGAACAAAGACAUCAUGUGAGACUCUCUCUUCAAACAUAUGUAAAUGCUGACUCUUCAGGAGAGUUAGCAUUUCUUUUGUCUGAGGAAAAGCUACAGACAAUUGUUGAUUGUUUUGAGUACAUCAGAGAUGAGACAUCUCUUUCAUCAUUGUUAAAUGCAAAUGUACCCGAGGCGGUUUCUAAUUCUCUUUUUUCUAUCUUAUCAUUGUUUCAAAAUUCUUAAACUUAUUCUGU